GCAUUAGCUUAGGCCUCCGCUUUUCUUUUCUAGUAAUCAACAAUUCAACAAUCAAAAAAACUAGUAACUAUCAAGAUUUCAUCAGAUGCUCAGCUCAAUCAAACCAAAGGAUUCCAUCAAUCUUCCUCCCUGCACUCUUCCUUUUUCUUGCUUCCCCCUUUCGAGCAUGCUACACAUACUAUAUUAAAGAGGAAUCUAUAAAUACGGAUUCUUGCAGGAUUCUAUUCUUCUGUUGUGUUUGGCGACGACGGGAAUAAAAAUGGGUAAUGCAAAUGGAAGAGAAGAGGGUGGUGGCAGCGACAGCGCAUCUGGGGUGGAUGAGACUGCUGCGCCGCAGGUUAGCAUGGCCGAUCAAGAUGUUGUGCAGGGUGGUGGUGAGUAUAUGGGUCAGUCCCCCCCUCCAAGUCCUAGGGCUUCCCAAUCUCCUUUGAUGUUCAGACCUCAGAUGCCAGUUGUUCCUUUACAAAGACCUGAUGAGUUGCACAUCCCCAGCCCUUCAUGGAUGCAGACUAGCUCGGGUUAUGAAGACAUGUAUGAUGAGCAAGGAGUUCCAACUAUGAUCACAUGGAGCUAUGGUGGCAAGGAAGUUGCUGUCGAGGGGUCAUGGGAUGAUUGGAAAUCAAGGAAGCCCUUGCAGAAAUCAGGGAAAGACUUCACCAUCAUGAAAGUACUUCCUUCAGGAGUUUAUCAAUACAGGUUUCUUGUAGAUGGACAAAGGAGGUACUCCCCUGAUCAGCCAUGGGAGCAAGAUGAUUCAGGAAAUGCUUACAACAUCUUAGACUUACAGGAUUAUGUUCCAGAAGAUAUAGAUAGCAUUUCUGGAUUUGAGCCACCUCAAUCACCCGAUUCGAGCUACAACAAUUUGCAACUUGGUCAAGAAGACUUUGCAAAGGAACCGCCAAUGGUUCCUCCACAUCUGAAUUUGACUUUGCUUAAUGCUCCAUCGCCUCAGAUGGAGAUUCCACCUCCUUACUCAAGGCCGCAGCAUGUGGUGCUAAAUCAUCUCUACAUGCACAGAGACAGGAGCCGCCCAUCUGUUGUGGCACUUGGUUCCACCAAUCGGUUCCUUUCCAAAUAUGUGACGGUGGUGCUCUACAAGUCCAUACAGAGGUAAAAAUUUGCACAUGGACAGUAUUCUUAAUUUCUCAUAUGUAAGUGAUAUGAUCAAGAGCAGAUGUCAGGUGAAUUGCUCUUGUUGAAUUCAGAAAAGAAGCCAUACAAGGAAUAUUUAAAAAUCUGUUUUGACGUGCAAUUAUUUGGGCUGUUGUUCCUUGGUUGCUUUCUUCAUAUCAAGUCCUCUUUGCUUGAUAACAAUGUCUUGUUGCCUUUUAGUCUUUCCCUGUUACCGAUUUGAUUUUUUAAUGUAAUCAAGUUCCGCUAA